AUGACUGUCCAAAAAUGGCAAGAGACUUCCAGAGCCAAACAGGCAGCAACGUCGAAGCUCGUCGAGACAUGGCUGCCACCCGACUUUUCUGUCGACGACAAACUUUUGAAUGUCAUGGACGUGCCAGCAAGUUGUCUUUCUCACACAGAAAAUGAGAUCACACUACUGCGUGCUACGGAGUUGGUAGAGAGAAUUUCCUCGGGGUCUUUGAAGAGUGAGGACGUCGUCAAGGCCUUCUGUAAGCGUGCUGCAAUCGCUCACAAGCUCGUCAAUUGUCUGACCGAACCCAUGUUUGAAGCCGCGGUCGCCCGUUCCAAAGAGCUGGACAUCUACUUCACCGAGAACAAGAGGCCCUUUGGUCCACUGCAUGGUCUCCCGAUUUCGCUCAAGGAUACUUGUAACGUCAAGGGUGUUCCUACAUCAUUAGGAUAUGUGGGACAGGUUGAUCGGAUUGCCAAACGUGAUUCGAGCUUGGUGGAAAUACUGAAAGCUGCGGGGGCUGUGAUCUUCACGAAGACAAACCUGCCUACCGCGAUAUUUGGUUCCGAGACGGUGAACAAUCUGUUCGGUCGAACAACGAAUCCGAGGGGUCGAAACAUGACACCCGGAGGCAGUAGCGGCGGCGAAGCUUCACUUAUAGCUUUGCACGGCAGUCCGCUAGGCUUUGGAACGGAUAUUGGAGGUUCCAUUCGCAGUCCCUCUCAUUUCAGCGGACUAUACGGACUUCGUCCAAGUCACACUCGCGUUCCUCAUCAAGACGUUGUCACCUCGAUGGACGGCCAGGAGACGAUUCAUACUGUCAUUGGACCAAUGGCCAAUUCGCUCCAGGACCUUGAACUCGCAAUGCGAGUUGUUGCAAACUCAAAUCCUUGGCUUCUGGAUCCAAAAUGCGCCCCGAUACCGUGGCAGGAUGCUGAAGCACCCAAGAAGCUAUGCACUGGAGUGAUGUGGGAUGACGGAAUCGUCCGGCCGCAGCCACCUAUUCAGAGAGCUUUGAAAGAGGUCGUGGAAAAGUUGGAGAAAUCAGGACAUCAGAUCAUAAAGUGGGAUCCGUUGUUGCAGAAGGAUAUCGUCAAUGUAUGGGAAACAUUGUUCGUCAGCGAUGGAGGCCAGGACAUUACCAUCGAGCUGGAGAAAAGUGGCGAGCCCGUCUUACCUCGGAUCCAAAGGAUACUCGACAGGGCGGCUCCCUUGUCGACAUUCGAGACGUGGCAGCUCCAACAACGCAAGUUGGUAAUUCAGAAAGAGUAUCUGGACCGCUGGAACACGACGGUGGAACGAUCCACGACAGGGCGGCCGAUGGACCUGAUCUUGACUGCUGCAAAACCCACAGUAGCUACUGAGCAUGACAAGGCACCCGUUUAUGUGGGAUAUGCCGCUUUUGUCAAUCUGAUGGACUACCCAUCAGUUGUGUUACCUAUCACCCAGGUGGAUCCUGACGUUGAUGAACCCAAAACGUCAGCCAGAGAACAUUGGAACUCGGACGACGAGCAAAACUAUGCAGCUUACGAUCCAGUGGUGAUGAAGGGGAUGCCUGUAGGUCUUCAAUUCGUCGGAAGACGACUGCACGAAGAGAAUCUCCUGGCAUGCGCUAAAGUGGUUGAGGAAUCUUUGAAUGCUUGA